GAUCAGCUAGUAUGCCAGGAACAAAACUUGAUGACCUACUUUACAGGAAUUUGUCUGUGCAAGAAGUAAAUGUGACCCAGGACCCUCUUCUUAAUCCUUCUGAUUAUGAUGAUGAGUUCCUCCGCUACCUCUGGAGGGAAUAUUUACAUCCCAAGGAAUAUGAAUGGGUUCUUAUUGCAGGAUAUAUCACAGUCUUUAUUAUAGCUCUUAUUGGGAACAUUCUUGUUUGUAUUGCAGUUUGGAAAAACCAUCACAUGAGAACAGUCACCAACUAUUUUAUAGUCAAUCUCUCCCUUGCUGACGUCCUUGUAACAAUUACAUGUCUUCCUGCAACACUGGUAGUGGAUAUAACAGAGACAUGGUUCUUUGGAAAAACACUGUGUAAAAUUAUUCCUUACUUACAGACUGUAUCCGUUUCUGUUUCUGUGCUAACGCUCAGUUGCAUCGCCUUGGAUAGAUGGUAUGCAAUUUGCCAUCCAUUGAUGUUCAAAAGUACCGCCAAAAGAGCAAGAAACAGCAUUGUAGUUAUUUGGAUUGUAUCCUGUGUUAUAAUGAUUCCGCAGGCGUUUGUUAUGGAGUGCAGUAGCGUGUUUCCUGAAUUAGCAAACAAAACUAUCUUAUUCACUGUCUGUGAUGAGCACUGGGAAGGAGAGAUUUACUCCAAAGUGUACCACAUUUGCUUCUUCUUUAUAACGUACAUGGUUCCACUGUGCCUGAUGAUACUAGCAUACCUACAAAUUUUUCGUAAACUGUGGUGUCGUCAGAUUCCAGGCACAUCAUCUGUAGUUCAAAGAAAAUGGAAGCCUUUGCAAUGUCCAAUCCAACCCAGAGGUCAAGCACAACAAGCAACUAAACCAAGGAUCAAUGCUGUAGCAGCUGAAAUUAAACAGAUCCGUACAAGAAGAAAAACAGCUCGCAUGCUUAUGGUUGUUCUGUUGGUUUUCGCAAUAUGCUACCUACCAAUUAGCAUCCUUAAUAUUCUUAAGAGAGUUUUUGGGAUGUUUUCCCAGACAAAUGACAGGGAAACAGUGUAUGCCUGGUUUACAUUUUCUCACUGGUUAGUUUAUGCAAACAGUGCAGCUAAUCCCAUAAUUUACAACUUUCUUAGUGGUAAAUUUAGAGAAGAAUUUAAAGCUGCAUUUUCAUGUUGUUGCCUUGGUGUUCACAAAAAUCAAGAAGAUCAUCUGAUACGAGGUAGAGCCAACACUGACAGCAGAAAAUCAUUAACUACACAGAUCAGCAACUUUGAUAAUAUUUCAAGACUUUCAGAACAUGUUGUCCUUACAAAUAUUACAACUUUGAAUGCAAAUGGCAGUGGACCUAUUCACAACUGGUAA